AUGGUUCAAGCUUUUGAAUGCUAUUUACACAAGCGAACACGCGAUCUCCUCACUACGCCUUUACCAUCAACAGGACUGCCACCACACUUUGGAACUACGUCAGACAAGUCUACUCCAAUUCACGUUUCAAAUCACGCCAUAAUGAUCCUAGUAAUGUUAAAUGGCAUGAAGACAGCCAUUCCAGUCGAUGCUCCGGCUGUGUACUCAUUUUCUGAAGCAGGCCUUAAAGGAGGGACAGCUGAUGAAUUAGCGGAACAGGUGAUCUCUGCCCUGGUUAAAACCUUGAAGCUUCCAAAUAAUGCUUUGUCAUCGUUGAUGGCCCAUCAAGCUGAUGGUCAGUACCAGUCAAGAAUGUUUCUUCAAACGUUGAAAUCAUCUACACAAGGGGACAACAAAGAGGACCUGCUAGCUGCUCAUGAUAUCUUUUUCGUUAUACCCUGGGAUACUGCCCACUGGAUGGAUCUUUGUAUGGUGGAUAUUCGUGAGAGUAGCGAGUUCUUACGGCGCUUCAUCAAAAGAGCAAACCAAUUCAAUACGAUGUAUGGCAGAGGAAAGGGGCAUGCUGAAUACCAGGGCGUUGCAAAGCAAAAUUCCUUGAAGGCUCAUGUUACUAAAGUGUACGCAACAACACGGUUCGCGAGUAGCUCGUUUUCACAGUUUGAGAGCAUAUACGAAAGUUAUGAAGCUCUAUGUAAAGCGUUUUCAGCGAUUAGAGAAACGGAUGAUGAAGACGAGGAAAUGAAGUAUAUGAUUAAAGGUCGGGAUUUCUGCCUAGAUCUGUGUGGAAUCAUAGACAUCCUGUCAAAACCUAUGGAGAUGAUGAUCAAGUCUCAAUCUUUGGAUCAGUACCUGUGGUCUGUUACCAAAUGGUGGCCAAAAGUAAAAGCCAUUCUACUAGCAAUGAAACGAGGUCCGACCGGUCAGCUAUCUGACAUUCGGAAAGUAACAGUACGAAAGCAACUAUUCCCAAAACUCUGGAAACAUUAUGAAGAUCUUAAUGAAGAAGAUAGCGUAGAUUGCAUUUUUAAAGGGGUUCAGUUAUUACCAGGAUGGAUGGUCGUGGAUACGGCAGAACAGGCCGACAGCAUUUCCAAAAAGAAAAGAAAAGUCAUUGAAUGGAGUGAAAGAACGGUGGAUGAUUGCUUAAAAGAUCUGGUUAUCCUUUGCGAGAAUGCUACAGAUGGAAUGGAUUCUAGAUAUGCCACAAGCGUCUCCGAAGCAGCACAUAUAUUGGGACGUUUACAUUUACCAGACGUCGUAUCCUUGGUACAAGGACUAAACGGCAGAUUCACUGCACGUCAAGUAGCUGCUCGUGAUGUUUGUGGGAAUGGGUUCCGCUCCUUCUACACCUAUGUUUGUUCCUUGGCCCACAUCAAACGAUUGGCAAAAGAAGAGGAGGAAUUGAAGUUGCUUCCAGCUCUAUCAUGCAAACCACGCGCAUCGUCAGUUCAAGGACGUAGUUUUUCAUGUUGUCUGGAUGGAUCUCGGCGGGUGCAGAAAGUAUUGAUUUCCACCUGAACGACCUGAAGAAGGAACACACAGUCAAGCACCGUUAAAGGAGUUCACAGUAAAGAGCGAAGAUCAAGAAAUAGAUGAAAAAUUCGUUUUCACUUAUGAUGAUAGUGUUUGCACUGCCAGAUUGGACCAGGCCAAGGCAUUCUCAACGUUUUAUACGAAUGAAGCAAUAUAUCAAGCGGCAGGCAAAGAAUUCUGUAUAGCAUUGGAUGUUGCACUGGCUAUGAGUGGUUCCGAGGCAGUUGUCGAGUCGUACUAUUCCGUGAUGAAUACGCAGUCGAAGGCAGGGGGUCAAUUGAAUGACACCCUCACCCAGCGAACAAACGUAGACUGGUGUUUCCCCAUGCCUUUACAGUGUGUGGAAACUAUUAGAGAGGCGGCGUCCCUAUAUUUGGACGGCAAUAAAGAGAUCGGACUACCACGUCAUCAUAUUCCAGUGUUCGUGGAUGAACGAGGUCGUGCUUUAAACAAGUAUGCACAUGGAAGCAAAGUCCUGAAUAGACUGGUUUCCAGUUCCAGAACUGAUUACUUUGUUUUAAAUGAAAAAGAUAGAGACUACAAAAAGUCGAUUUUGAAGUGA